CAUGUUGCUGACUUGGAAGCAGCGUCGAAAGGAAAAGUCAAAGUCUUCAGCAGAAGGCAAUCUUGAUAGAAUAAAUGCCGAAUCCUGAAGCGCUGAAGUGCAACUGGGUUUGAACCUCGACGAGACUGGUAUCGUCGGAACACCGCCAACUCUUUUGGCACUCCUUGUCCAGAUAUAAAUGGGUCACAUGAUGAACAUGUGCAACACUUCUAUGUUUCCUGUUCUUACUUUCAAACUCGUGCUUCGCCAGGAUGGAGACAAGGUCAAACCUGAUUGGAAAUCAUUUUUUCACUCAAAUAGGGAUGAGUGUAGGCGGGACAUGAAUGCUCUUCCGUCAGAAAUCAACAAGAUUUUGGAGAUGUCGAGGAGACCAUAUGGCUGUUCUAAGCAAACGGUGGUGGAAUGUCUUGUGAAACUGCAAGGUUCAUCCGACAGUCUCGACGUUCUAAAAGAGGCCUUGUCUGACGACGCAGAAGCGCAAGAUUAUUUUCCAAAUAAUUACGAAAUCUUCCAUUGUUUCUCGGCUCUAACGAUCUUGCGCUAUCUAACGCUAGAGGAUGCAGAGAUGUCUAGCUACAGAGCGACGGGUAUUCUAAUGCAAGGUUUCGUGGCUCAUUGGCAUCGUUGGAUACCAUCUGGCAGUUUUUUAACUAACCAAAGCUUACCGCUAUCUUUCCUUCUUCAUGCUCACCGGCGGGGUGCAAACACAAUAUAUCGCUAUACUUUUAAGCCAGACUGGGCUUGUUUGGUCGACCUUCUGCCCCGUCUAUCCAAUUGCUAG